GGAGGUUUGCUGCUCACCAUGUUAGGAAAGCCAUCUGACCUGCAAAACAAGCUCAAACACUUCAAUCCCUGCAAAAGUUGCAAAAGCUGCAAAUUCACGUGAGUCAGCUUGGAGCCAGCAGUCUGCCAGAAGUUAAGGACCGGCUCUUUGACCUCCCUCCCCCUCUCCGCGCUCCUGUCCGAACGUGCGGGCCGAUCUUCCCCCUGGCUGAUCAGCAUGACAAAGCACUGGCCGGAGCAGAGCCUCUUGGCACCACCCGCUCUGUCCCACAUCGGAGAACUCCACGACCAUCAACUUGACUUCCACAGAAAUGCGCAGCAGAGUUUUCCUACCAGCGGUGUAACGCGGAACUCUCCAGCCCAACAUUGGUCUCACCAUCCGGCUCAGAUGGUUCCCCAGCACCCGCCGCGCUCGGAGAAGCCCGCAGCGCGCCCCGAACAUCUCAACGGUGCCACAGCCUUUAUGGAUAAAACAAUAUCACCGGGCUCGUCAUACCCGAAUGCUCAAGAUGCACACUUCAAGCAGGAAACUAUUGCCCGGGACUCUUGGAACACCGAAAGGAAGAAGAGUAGGAGCGGCGAUGGGAAGAAAAAGAAUUAUCAGCGGUAUCCAAAACCACCGUACUCAUAUCUUGCUAUGAUCGCUAUGGUCAUCCAAAGGUCCCCAGAGAAGAAACUGACAUUAUCUGAGAUCCUCAAGGAGAUCAGUACCCUCUUCCCAUUUUUCAAAGGAAACUACAAGGGCUGGCGGGAUUCCGUACGACACAACCUCUCCUCUUAUGACUGCUUUGUUAAGGUGUUGAAGGACCCAGGUAAGCCUCAGGGCAAAGGUAACUUCUGGGCAGUGGAGCUGAGCCGUGUUCCUCUGGAGCUCCUUAAGAGGCAGAACACGGCUGUGUCGCGCCAGGACGAGACAAUCUUUGCCCAGGAUCUGGCCCCCUACAUCCUACAGGGACACAAGCCAGAAUCUGAACUGACCUCUGACCCUGUGACCUCCCUCCCUCCUAUGCGCUCUGGAAAUCCCUCCCCACCACAGGAGGACUUGUUCCGGCCUAAGCUGGACUCGUCCUUUGCCAUCGACUCCCUGCUACACAGCCUGCGACCCACCAGUGCCUCUGGGGAUAUGGAUGUGACUACCAGGGACUGCUGGGGUGAAGUGGUGCACCCUCGGCCCUCUCCUCCUCCACGACCACGCUACGCAUCCUCUGCCCGCAGUGCCUCUGCCAGCUCUGCCAGCCCAGCCUCCACCUCUUCCUCCUCCUCUGAUGAAGAAUGGAAAGGAGUGUCCCUGUCUGGGAAGCGUGUUCCUCCAGAUGGUGAAGCAGGGUCGGACGGAUAUGAGGACUACAGGCCUCCGCUGCACAAAUCAGCCAGACGGGAGGCUGUUACACCUCCAUGGGAGCUCCCUACAUCCUACGCCAAAUAUGCUCCCCCCAAUGCUGUUGCCCCACCCAGCAUGCGGUUCAACGGAGGUCCUCUAAUGCCGCUGCAUGGUGGGCUUCCCCUUUAUGGCUAUGGUAGCUCUCCUGUAGCACCUGGUCACUUCCUAGGUCACGCAUAUUGGCCCAUCCUCCCCAGCGGGCGAGUUUCAGUCCAAGCCCCUCCCCUCAUCAUGGACCUGGACAACAUGUUGCAGUCUGUGCCUCCAAAUAAGAGUGUGUUUGAUGUCCUAGUACCAGCCAAUCAGAACCCUCACUCACAUCAUCAACCACCUAGUCAGUACACCCUGCAGAAUGGACCUUCCCUAAACAGGUACCCUCAGUACUGACAGACUCUAAAUUACCACCACUCAAACUGAGCUCCACUGCUGCUCAAACAUGCACGGAUGCUAAACCACUAUGAUGCAGGGGGUGAGGUUUUAAUCAAGAGCCACAAAGGAACCGCAGGUCUGCAGCAGCUCUUCCUGAACUGAGUCUCAAUCAUUUCCUCCAGCUCAAGCGAAGUUGACUGUCUAUGAGUAAUAUGCAAAGGGCGCUACACUGCCGUCAUUGCUAUUGGUGGAUUCAUGUUUUUAGCAAGAGGAAAAGCCAAUCUUUUACUUUUUUCAAGCGCAGUAUUUUUAAAGAAAUACCUUCUUCGGUGGAGUAUUACAUGCUUUCAUUAGGAGCAAACUACCUCAAACAGCUAUACAACAAAACCUAUCUACCUCAGUCUUUCAGUUAAAUAGAGUGUGUAUUACUACAAGGUCUUUGCACUGCCAAUGUUAUUUGCACUGUUUUUUUUAUUGGCAUGAAUUUGCUUUCUUACAUGAAUUGCUUUUGAAUGUUGUCUACCUAUUGUGACUGCUGAAUGUAUUGUUGGAUUUUAUCUUGGAUUUUACAGUCAUGUGAAAUACUAUUGAUGGGCUGGAAUGUAGAUGGUACAAACAGUAAAUUUGAGUUUCAAAUUGUCAAAUACAGUGAAAAACAUCAAACGUUGUUUCUUAGUCAGGGUUUCUGAGUUUGUUUGUUCAGAUGUUUUAUUAUACAGGAUAAGUCAUUUACUGUAAUGUUUUCCUGUCUUAAAUUUCAGUGAGUCUGGACUGUUUGAAUUGAUUCUGUGCAGCUACAAUAGCAUAUUAACCUGAUAGACAGUGGCCCUAUGAUCAGCUUUUUCAUGUUGGUGUUUAAUGAUAGUGAAUUUGACAGAUUUAGCAUAGAAGUGGGGUCAAUUUUAGAUUCUAAUCAAUCUGUAAAAAUGCUGAAUGUCCUCAAGACUAUUACUGCACAACUACCAGCAUCUACCUCAAACUGGGACGUGUCUCCUGUGGACUUUGCAUUGCCGGAUAUUUUGCACUAUUUUAUUGUCAUCACUAUCAUCUUCCAAAGGAAAUUGCUUCUAAAUGUCUGCCUACCUUGACAGGUGAAUGUUUUGUUAGUUUCUUGCCAUUGUCCUGUGGUCUUGUUAAGGCUUUGUACAGUUCUGAGCUGAAGAGAAAGGUCAGCUCAGAGGUUUAAGUAUCAAAAGAAUGUCAUGGAGUUUAACAGGGUAUGUAAUAAAAUGCUGUUUAUUUUAA